AUGAGCGUUACUCUCUCUCCAUCGAGCUACUCGUCGACUGCCUCCUCUCACCAUCCCCAACACGAGGAGGAUGGAGAUGAUCAUCACCACAAUGAAAGCUUUAACCAACCAACAAUCUCCUCAACAGGCAACCCAGCUCACCAUUCGAUACAAGAACCUCAUCACAAUGCUAGGGCAUCCUUGUCGAAUUUGCAACUAUCAAACACGAGCAAAAAUCCAGUUCCUGCAGGACGUCUCACAACGACAGCCAUGCAUGGUCAUCCCAUAUCGGAUCACAAUUCCAAGAAAUCCAUGAAAUUUCCUCUCUUUUACAGAGGCGUGAGAAGACAAAUCUUUGUGAUCAAUACAUGUUGUGGUUUGGUAGAGUUGAAUUGUUUGAAACUGUCAUGCUUGAUUGGUAUGAUCCUCACGGUGAUGGGAUUGGUGUUGUUGGCUGGUUUUUCCAUAUCGACUUUUGUGGUGGCCUCACAACGAAAUUCAGAAACAUUAAUUGCCGUGGGGCAAGUGUACAGUUAUUUCGAACAGGCAAAUACAUUAAUCUUAAACACAGUAUAUCAAACAGCUCUAGAUUCAAAUCUGAGCAAUGAUGCUGAGACUAAUUAUAAAUAUUCAAACAAAAUGAAAGAAUAUACGGCAGUAUCGAACCAGCUUCUUGAUUUGAUGGAAACCAUUGUCGAGUCUCUCGGAGGUGAAGAUAUGAAGAUCAAAUUCAAGUAUACUCAAAAUGCGGCCAAUGCAUGGGUUGCCUGGAAUGCUCACUUAUAUCUCAUGUUGUCCUUUGGGCAAGUCAAUGAAAGUGUGUCUCGUUUACAGUCGUCAGAAUAUGGAGCUGUGAAAAAGAGUUUUCAAGAUGGUGUUACGGAUCUAGUUGAACACGUGAGAGGCAUUGAAAAAGGAAAAGAUGCUAACCUCGUCGUUACGACUGUUAUCCAACUUACUGUGAUCGUCGUUUCAGUAUUAUUGCUUUCUCCUCUAAUUGUUAUGAUUUUCUCCUAUGCUAUCAAUACAGAUUCUAAAAACACUGAGAAGUUCAGAAAAGCUAAUGAAGUUAUGAUAAUGGAUACCAUUGAGAAUCCUAAUACUAGAAAUCUCUUCAAAUUGCAUUGUGAAAAAGAGGAUAAUUUGCAUAAUUAUUGUUUGUUAGAAAAAAUUCAACACUUUAAAUCUCUUUCAGUUAAAUGCUUAGAAAUGGAGAAAAUGUCAAACGUCUCAGAAAAAUUUACAAAGUUUGAUCAGGAGAAGUUUGAGGUUGCCUUCGAGAUAUAUGCCUUACUUGAGGGUGAUGAGGAUACACCUGUGUCAAUUCCAGAAAACCUGAUAUCUGUCGCUAAGGAUGUACUUGAUGCGUACAAUUUAAAACAAAUUGAUUUUCUUCCCUUCGAUAUGUUCUCUAGUAUCGAAAAGGAGCUUUGUACUAUAAUGCUAGAUUGUCAUCACAGGUUCAAGCAAAGUCUUGUCAACCAAAAGGAAAUGAGGUUGGAUAAGAUUAAAAUUUCAGAGUUGCUGAAUAAAAAUCAUAAAGAUGAUUUGUGA